AUGACCAAUACUUUUUUAAAUCAACAAAACUUUUCCUCUUCCCCCAUGUGUCGGCUUUUCUUCCCUUUCAUCUCCUCCACUUCUCCACCUAUCAGUUCAACAACAGAAACAACAGAAAGGAAACAACAGCAAAAUAACUGUCAGAAAUCCUCCCGGCUAAAUAAUAGCCGGAGGAAUUAUUCUUCAAAUUCGUCUCUUUCCGCAGCCAUUUUCGCCUCUCUGUGCGUUUUUGCCGUCCAUUUGCCAGCAGUUGCUGGACUAGCUUGUUAUGAAACUGUUAAUAUAAAAAUAAUAAUGAUGCAAAAAUUUUUAAUUUUUGCAAAUUAUUUUUAA